AUGAAUAAAGUAGGAAUGUUGAAAUUUCAAGGAUCAAGUCAAUUCAGACAGAGAAUAAUAUGUUCGACACUGAGUAGUCGACCGGUGAAGAUUACGAAUAUCCGUGACGAUCAAGAAAGACCCGGUCUGACAGACUACGAGGUAUCGUUCUUGCGUCUUCUCGAUAAGAUUACCAAUGGUACAAAGAUCGAUAUCAACGGUACCGGUACACAACUUACAUAUAUUCCAGGUUUGCUCAUCGGUGGUAAACUCCAACACGACUGUCCAGUCUCGCGUGGCAUCGGUUACUUUGUAGAGGCACUCAUCUGUUUGGCACCAUUCUCAAAGCUACCACUAGAUAUAACACUAACAGGAAUUACAAAUAAUGAUUUAGAUUUAACUAUUGAUACAAUUAGAACUACAACAUUACCGAUUGUUAGAAAGUUUGGUAUUGAAGAAGGAUUACAUAUAAAGAUAUUAAAGAGAGGUGCACCACCAGGUGGAGGUGGUAGUGUUAUCUUUAAGUGUCCGAUCGUACAACAACUCAAACCGAUCCAGUUGUUGGAUGAAGGUAAAAUCAGAAGAGUAAGAGGUAUUGCCUAUGCAACUCGUGUCUCUCCACAGAUUCCAAACCGUGUUUUAGAUACCGCCAAAGGUAUCCUAUUAAAGUUUACACCGGAUGUCUAUAUUUCCGCUGAUCAUUAUAAAGGUGGUGAAUCAGGACAAUCACCAGGUUAUGGAUUAACAUUGGUAGCAGAGACAACAACAGGUUGUUGUAUUUCAGCAGAGUGUAUGGGAGCUGCAGGUGAAUCACCAGAGAGUCUCGGUGAGAGAACAGCAAACUUUUUAUUGGAAGAGAUACUCAAUGGUGGAUGUAUAGAUAGUAACAAUCAGAGUUUAGCAUUGUUGUUCAUGGUUUUAUGCCCAGAGGACAUCUCAAAGAUUAAACUUGGUAAAUUAACACCAUACACAAUCGAUUUUAUUAGAAAUAUUAAAGAAUUCUUUGGAACUGUUUUUAAGAUUGAAACAGACGAUGACUCUAAAACGAUUACAUUCACAUGUCUCGGAACAGGAUUUAAGAAUAUGGCAAGAAAGACCUUCUAA